UUAUAUCUCAACAAACGAGAUUUAUUCAACAAAAUGCUUUCGUCUACAUUCAUCUCUCUCGCUUUCAAGGGAAGGAUCCAAAAUGAAAAAAAUAUUUAAUAAUGCUAUAGUUAUAUUCAUCAAAACAUGUUUACGAACUCAUAUCAAGGUCGCUAGACAGCUACGUCAGAGUAUUAUAAUCUAGGUCACACAGCUGUCUAGGUCACACAGCUGUUGUUUACGUCGCAGCUACAUUGACUCCAAACACGUACACAGAGCUAGCGAGGUCACACAGGUGUUGUUUACGUCGCAGCUGCAUUGACUCAAGUCACGUACACGGAGGGUAUAUAACACAGCGUUUCUCUUCAGUUCCUCACACCAUUGAAUGGACAUCCUUCAGAACCUUAUAGUAGAAAAAAUCAGAGAGAAAUUCAGCAACAUGGCAGAGGAAAAGAAAAUCAAAGAAGAGCCAAAAGAAGAAGAAAUGGUUCAGAUUGAACCAGACAGGCAGUUUUUGGGAUUCUCAUUCGCCGGGAAAAAAGAAAAAGAAGAAAAACCAGAUUUUCUUCUAAAGCCUCCCAGAAAUGAUGGCGGAGAAACUUACUUAGACAUACUGAAAAGAGAAAAGCAGGAAGACAAGGAAUUCUACAAAAUGAUUGUCAUCCAGGAAAAAAGAAGACUGGCUAAGAACCCUCACUUAGUGACAGGAACCUUUGGACCCGGAACAGGCACAAAAUCCCUCUACGACAAAAUACAAGACCUGCUCAAGGAUUACUAUUACCCAGAAAACGAGUUCAACAGGCUGAAAUUGGACGUCAUUCUAGCAGAAAAAAUGAAGGAAGAGGCUGAAGCAGAACUACAACAGAAAAUAGACGUGGAAACGGAACUGCAGAUCACCAAAGAAGAACUACAAAAGGUCAUCAAAGAAAAUCAAAAAGCCACUAAGAAAAUUCAGGAUUUGAAAGAAGAAGUCGCAGAGCAAGAAAAAGAAAUUGAAGAACAAGAAAAAGAAAAUGACGAACAGGAUAAAGAAAUAGACAAACUGGAAGAAGAAGUCGAAAACCUGCAAGAAAAAAUCCACAAACUAGAAAAAGCUCCUCCCCUAUUCUUCUCCGAGGAAGAGUACAAAAAACUAAAAACCUUCAAUUGGAUAAUAGAAAACGAACUAGAGAGAGCAGAAAUGAAAAAAGCUGAACUGGAAGAAAAACUGACCGAAAAAGAAAACGAACUGCAGGAAUUGAAGGACAAUCUCCAAGAAAACAGAGAAAUAAUGAAACGCAUGGAAUGCGAAAUGGAAACUUGGAUCGACUUCGAUUACGUACAAAAAUCCAAGGAAUUGGAGAAAAAACUGGAUGAAAAAGAAAAAGAACUGCAGGAAUUGAAGUACAAUCUCCAAGAAAACAGAGAAAUAAUGAAACGCAUGGAAAUCGAAAUCGAAUCUCCAUACAUCGAUUACGUAAAAAAAUCCAUCGAAAUGGAGAAAAAACUGGCUGAAAAAGAAAAAGAACUCCAACAAAAGGAUGACUACAUAACUCGCAUGGAAGCCAAUUUGUUCACUUAUAUGGACAGCAAUGCUAAACAAUUCCAAGAUAAAGAAACAGUCCUGGAUAAAAAAAUGACAGAAAAAGAAAAAGACCUCAAAGAAUACAAAGAACAUGUCAAAGAAAUGGAAAAUAUCAACCAGAAAAUGAAAGAUGAAGUACAAGCCACUCCCUUAUACGAUACCUCAGAAGCCGCAACUUUCAUCCGAGAAAUUCAACGGAAAGCUGAUGAACAAAUCCAAAAAGCUAAAGAAAAAUUGGCCCUCAUGGAAGCAGAAGUCGACGCACUCAAGAUGGACAACACAGAAAACGUCAAAAUAUUCGCAGAAAUACUGGACCAAAUCCUCCCCCACAUCAAGGAUAUGACAGAAACUUUCAACGAAGCCGACGAAUGGGUGAAAGCAGCAGCCACAGGACAAGAAAGAGAAGCAUGGAGCAUCUAUGUCGAACCCAAAAUCGCCACGGAAGAAAAAUUCAAAAGUCUCAAGGAACUCUUCACCGAACAUUGCAAAAAAUUCUGCUUCGUCAGAAACGGAAGAACCCACAAUAUCAGCGGGGAAAUUCAGCUCAAAAAACCACUCAACAUCAAAGAACUCAACAAACUCCUGGGACCAAACAUCUAUCUGAACGGAGGACCGAAGGAACAAGCCACUGAAAAAUGGUCCAUGGCCGCGAAGUUCAACGACAAUGAUUAUUUCUCGAUCUUCUUCACGGAUCAAGCCCUCAAAGGCGGAGAAACAUCAUGUGAAAUCAGGAAAUAAACGUUUCCGAGUGAAAAAAAUUUGUUCUUUAUUAACAUUUUUCUCCUUUAAACACUGUAUAUAU